AUGAACACUGACAACACUGACGAUAACAUGAACUCUGACAACACUGACGAUAACAUGAAAUCUGACAACACUGACGAUAAGAUGAACUCCUACAACACUGACGAUAACAUGAACACUGACAACACUGACGAUAACAUGAACUCUGACAACACUGACGAUAACAUGAACUCUGACAACACUGACGAUAACAUGAACUCUGACAACACUGACGAUAACAUGAACUCUGACCAACACUGA